CAGUUCUACACCUUUUGCGCUAGCUGUCAAAAUAUUUAGCGGAGACGAAACGCGACAAACACAGUUUAGUAAAAUAUCGCGUCUAAUAUUGCGCUUGCAAAACAUAAUAAUCAGCAAGAGUAAUAUACAAAGUGUCUCCUGUUUACUUAGGUGUAUUGUUCAAAUGAUAAGUGCAACAUAAUGGGGUGUUUAUCGUGGAUCCGAGGGUUCAAAAUGCCUUUUCCUUUUAAAGAUAAGGAAUUGAACAAAAUAGCAGCACUGUUCAAUGUGUCCACAUUUCUCCUGACUUGUGCUGCUCUUGUUCAGCCCAGUUGGUUCAGGAUCAAAGGCCUGCACUGUACACAGAGCCUGUCUUUAGCACAAUUUUUCUCAUUUGAUAAUGAUGAUGAUGACGAUAGUCGCCAGAGUAUUGAGUAUGAUCCUAGAUCUGACUAUAAUGGUUUACCUCCAUGCACAACACCAGAGACUAUAACACUUAUGAGAGUUCUAAUAUUACUAUGCUUUAUGGUGCUAUUGUGCUCAUGUAUUGGUACCCUGAUCAACCUCACAAGCCUCAACAGUAGAGCCAUCAAAAUGUUGAGAAGGAAUGCCAUUCCAAGCAUAAUGUGUGUAUUUUGGGUCAUAGCUAUUGUCGGAGUAUGUUACUACACAACUGUUGUGCUUGGAAAUGCAAACAACAGUGAUCCAAAUACAAUACAAGUGGAUUAUGAGUAUGGAUUCUAUACUAUUACAGGGGCUGGUGCGCUGGCCUUGUUAGCAUCUGCUGCCAACCUUUGGGGUGCUCCUUUAUCUAGUGAUGAAGAUGUUCAAAGGCGAAAUUUAAUGGAAGACUGGGAUGGAUAUGAGGCACACAGUGUAGGCCCCACGCCUGCCGUGCCCACUUUACCACCGUACACACCUAGUGCCGACUAUGUGCCCACCAUACACCCACCGUACGCACCACCAGUACUCGGAACACAACAAUAUUUCCCAUUUGAUGACCUGUCCGUUCUUCCACCGCCUCCCCCUUAUUCUCCUUAAUUUUCCUAAACUUAUCCAGUUCACUUCUCGAAUCACCCAAAUAUUGAUGUAUUUUUAGUUUGUAAUCUACAGUAUUUAUUAUUUUAAUUAUAUCGGCAUAAUAAGUCCAAUGCUGAAGGUAAGUUAAAGCUCAUGAGAUGUUUGGAGCCUCUAUGGAGCUACUGAAGAAGUUUUUGCUAAAUAAAAUUGAGAUCUACAAAUUGCUGAAUGUCAAACAUAUUGAUGUUUAGUUAUAAUACGCACAUGCCGUAAUGCUACUAAUAUUUUUGAACAAAAUUUGUUACAAAUAUAUUUCGCAAAAACUCGUGCUAGCCAAACUUCUAAUGAAAGUAUGAUGGAAGGAAGUAAUCUCAGCUGUUAUGGAUAAAAAAAUGUUUAAUGGAUUUCUGACUUACAAAUCCAAAGUUGGUAAUAUAUGUUUUUUACUUUAAUUGUGAUGAAUGUUUCUUUAUGUUAAAUUUAUGCAUAGGUAACCUUAAUUAUAUCUAUUCUAAAACGCCUAAAAUUUAAAUGGAAUUUUGGUUUAUGUAUGUAUAUAUUGUGGUUGUGAGUUAAUUAAUGACUACUGUUCACUUCUACAUGUGAUUUGCCAUUUUAGUGCCUAUUCAUGUCGUAUUUCUCGAAAUGCUUUAAGAUAAAAUAAUAAAAGUUCUGUUUAUUAUUUAUAGCCUAAUUAGGUGGUAUAAUUUUAUAGAUUAAGGGCUGAGUAACACUAAAUUGUAACGAUUGUAUAUUAAUGAAAUGUACCCAAUCAUUGAUUCAGUCUGUCCACUGUUCCAAAAAUGAUCAUACAACUGGAUUUACCUGGUACGUUUGUAUGUUAUCCCGUUACAAUAACAGACUACGUGAAUGACUAUGAAAUGCCAAAUGUAUUUAUAUCUCCAAACGUUUACCUGUUUCGUGUUUACGACUUUAUCUUAUCAUUAUUAAUACUUUAACAAAUAGAUUAUCUUUGAAACACUAAUUGCACAUGCUUUAAUUUCGAUAAUGGGCCACUAUCAAAACAUUAUUCCCCAUGUCAUUAACUUACUCUGUAUUGGUCUCAUAUUGAAAUGAUGAAAGAGUCAUUUUGUUACUACAUGUGUAUAUCUAUCACCUUCUUAUGAUUUAAUGACCUCUUCCAAUUUGAAAUUAAAGCAAUCCAUCACUUAAUGCCUUUAAUGUUAUAGAAUGGUAAUGAUGCCAUUGUAAUUUAGUAAAAUAUUGUUAAAUUUGAUGAUAAAUACUACUAAUACUUAUUUUUGCAUUACAAUUAAUAUGUUGCAAAAUAAAAAAAAACAAACUACUAGAGCCAAAACAAUUGUGUAUUUUAAGGGCAUGAGUCAGGGCAUAAUUAUACAAAAAAUAUCGAGAGAUCUGUCUCAUCCAAAAGAUACAAUGUAAUGAGCUUUUUAGAAUCUAGUAAAUAUAAUUUGUGGUCUUGACUGCCACAAAUAACUAGACAAAAUAUACCUAAAUUUAAAAUUGAUGUAUGAGUAAUAGUAAAUAGUAAUGGUAGCAUCCCUGUAUAAUAUUCAUGUUACCAAAAAUAUGAGCAUGUUAUUAGUUUUAUUGUUUGUUAAUGUAUAGAUUCCUUAUAGGGGUAAGAAUAGUUAUUCCUAGUAUAUCAACUGGGAAGUUUAUUUUUACAUUAAAACAAGAGUAAAAUUUUAUUUUUGUGUAAGACCAAUAUGCAAUACAUAUCUAUAAACAAAA